GGCUGAUUACGUGUAUGGCUCGUCUGCGAGGAGGAGGCUAUGCUGUCAAACCCGUCUGUUCUCGCGUCCUGAUAUUGACUAGAAGUCGGAUUUUUGGCUCAAAGAAAAGCGAGCUGUACAACAAAUGGUAUUUCAGUGCUCGUAAGAUGUCAUGGACUUAAAAACCUCAGUCUCACAUUAAGCUGCACUGCGUAAGGAUCAGUCAAGAGAAGCAUAUGAAAAGGACAGAAAUGUUUGCCAAGUUAAAGAAGAAGCUCGCAGAGGAGGCAGCCACUGCGCCACGAAGCGGAGUCCGUAUUCCCCGCACCAUCAGCAAGGAGUCCAUCACGUCAGUGGGAGCAGACUCUGGAGAUGACUUUGCUUCAGAUGGCAGCAGCUCCCGGGACGACAUGCCUGCCCAGCUCCUCAGGAGGAACGAUCAGAUCCGCAAGCUGGAGGCCAAGCUCUCUGACUACGCUGAGCAGCUACGAAUUAUGCAGAAGACUAAGGAGAAGCUUGAAAUUGCAUUAGAAAUGCAUCAGGAUUCAUCAAUAAAGAAGCUUCAAGACCAGAAUGAGGUCCAUCAGGCAAAUAAGGCCAAAAUGGCAGAGGGCAUGACGUUAGCUCUGGACAAGAAGGAUCAGGAAUGGAUGGAGAAAAUUGCAGCAGUGGAAAAGGAGAAAGCAGUGCUGUCAGCACGACUGGACGAGAUGAUGGAGCAGAGCUUGGUGCUCUUCCAAAAGAGGGAUGACCUGGACGAGCUCGAGGGUUUUCAGCAGCAGGAGCUGGCCAAGGUCAAACAUAUGCUGUUGAAGAAAGAGGAGUUGCUGGUCCUGAGGCAGCGGGAAUUCCAGCAGAAGGAAGCAGAGGUCCACUCAGCAAGACGAGGUCUGUCGGAGACUCGAGGGAAACUUAAAGCUCUGGAACAGCAGCACGAGGAGAUGUCCCGACUCAACUCAGAGCUGGAAAUUGAGCGAGAGGAACUGCUGCUGCUCAGAGAAGAGGCCGACAAGAAGCUGAGUGAAAUGGAUGUCCGGUGUGAGGAGCUACAGUCUGUCAUCCAGCAGGUCUCUGAAGACUUCCAGAAGUCGCAGAGUAUGGUCUCCUCAUUAGAGAAGUCCCUUCAUGACCUGCAAGUGGAACACGAUUCUCUCAAGUUGCAACAACAGAAGGCUGCUGUGAAAGGGGAGGACAAGGAUCGCUUGUUGUCAGAGCUGCAGAAGAAAGUCCUCUCUCUGGAGAGACGACUGGAGGGGAACCUGAGCCAGGAUGAGCAUCUGCAGGAGCUGCUCCAAGAGAAAUCCAAUCUGGAGCAGAGGCUUGAAGAGACCAGAGGGGAACUGGUAGCUGUGCGGACAAACCAUGCAGAAACUGUGAGCACUCUGGAGGCGCAGGUUUCCAAGUCGAGCUGCAGCGUAGUUGAACUUCAGACUCUUUUACGGCACAAAGAUGACUCGUCGCGUUCCUACAGGGAAAGAACAGACGCUCAAAUCACCGAGCUGGAGCUGCAGGUCCAGCAGAGCACUCAGAGGCUAAAGCAAGCAGAGACUCAGAACGUAGAAAAACAGCAACAGAUGGAGAAAAUGCAGGGGGAGUGGAACUCCGAAAAAGCGUUUUUGGAUCAGCAGUUGAGUUUGCUACAGAAGCAGGUGGAGGAGAAGCUGCAACGGCUUCAGGAGAACGUCACCUCGUUGGAGGCGGAUAGGAAUGCGGUGCAACACAGACUGGCUGACGUGGAGAAGCAGAGAGAUGAGGCGAGCUCAUUAGUCGAGCAGAGGACCGAAGAGCUGGAGCAGUGCACAAUGGAGCUAAAUAACAGGCAGACCUUGAGCACUGAAAUUGCCAAGGCCCUGGAGGAGACCAGGCGACAGAAGGAGGGGCUCCAAACACAGGUUGAAGAACUGACAGCAUCGCUAGAGACCACGAACCAGGAGUUGCUGACGGCUAAAAAGACACUUGCUCUGAAGGAGGAAGAUGUGGAGACACUGCAAAGUGAGGUGCAGAGUCGACAGGCGGCGCUGGUGCAGCUUCAGCAUGAUCUGGCUCAGCAGCGUGCACAGCACGAGCAGCUGGAACGGGACAGAGACGCGCAGCUCAACAGUCUCCAGCAGGAGCUCCUCAGCCAAAUCCAGCAGCACGACAGCUGCCAGACUCGGAUAUCCUACCUGGAGGUGGAGGUGGAGACGCUAACGGAGCAGCUUCACUGUCCCGCGGUGAUCGAGGGCGAACAGAACGGCAGCGUGACUGUGGAUGAUCUGGAUCACAUUCAGAAGGUCAACAGAGAACUGGAGCAACAGCUCAGCGACAAGAACAGGACCAUCAAGCAGCUGCAGCAACGACUGGCGGAGCUGAAAAGAACACUGCAGAAGGAACUGAAGCUGAAGCCGGAACCAGAAGUCGAAGCAAAAGAGAAGCUUCCAGAGAGUAGAGUGGAAAAGACAGAGCGGGUGUGUCCUGACCCGCCUCCAGCCUCCAGCCCAAGCCCCCCCACCUCCAACACUACGGUGACCAACACCUCAGACUUGAACGAUUCACGAGAAAUCAACUUCGAGUACCUCAAGCACGUCGUCCUCAAGUUCAUGUCGUGCCGAGAAGCCGAGGCCUUCCACCUCAUCCGAGCGGUGUCAGUGCUGCUGAACUUCACACGCGAGGAAGAGGACAUGCUGAAACAGACCCUGGAGUAUAAGAUGUCCUGGUUCGGCUCCAAACCUUCCCCCAAAGGCAUCAUCCGGCCGUCCAUCUCAGGCUCUUCUACCCACUGGAGCUGAUGAUCGUGGAGUGAAGAGAGAGAGGGAACAGAGAUGCACCAGAAGGAGGGUGGAGAGGAGUUGGAUCGGAGCGCCGCCUUGUGUUGGGAAUGACUGCAUGGCAAUCUUUGAAAGAUCAAUCUGCUAGUGAUGCUUCUUGUAUGGAGGUGACUGAAGCCAGAACAAACCCUGGGGGUUCUAUGACCAUCCAAGCACACAACCUCUGGAGACCAAGUCAACUGUAUUGCAGACUAAUCACGGGGGCAAAACACGUGGGACAUUUUUUUGACCAAAAGAACCGAGUUUAUUUGACAGAAUAUUUUUAAUCGGAACACUCUACUAAUCCACCGCACACAGUUUUGUAUCUUUCCAUCUAUUUUUCUAUCUCGCAUGUGGAGAAUCAUACAAAAAAAUCAGUUUUGCUUUUUAAUCAUUAACAUAUAUAUAUAGACAUAAUUGGCUAAAAAGUGAGCUCCAGAGUUCUGAUGCCGACCUCAGCAUGUGUGGACGGAAGGUCCAGUCUGCUCCAGCCUCUCGCCUCCUGGCUGGAUGCAGCCUUCGGUGCAUGAUGGGAUGUUCGUGAGGAACGUCCAGGCUCGCUCAUGUGAAGGAGCGCUGUCUUAAUCCAGCAGUUGCCAUGUCACAGCUGUGGCCUUUUGAGCUGAAUCAUGAUGGAAGUUGGGUAUGGGCCAGACUGAAAACACGAGUCACAUCUGCAACUCUCAGGUUCAGGCUAUCGUUGCUUAACACCCCGAUUGUGAUUUAAAUUAUGCUACCGUAGUACUGUAUCACCCUGGUUAUUUAUGGAUUUUUAUCACUUUGCUGCUCGCGAGAGAGGGUUUAUGUAACAGGGCUUUAAUUUUAGGGAGAGAUGAGGAAGUACUGAAGACAAUAUCCUGACGUUAUGUUUAAUGCCCCUUUAAUUUUGUCUCGUCCAACAAAAGCCAGCCACGCUAUGCUGUGAUGGCCGUUUUAAGGCCUUUUUGAAGUCCAGCUGGGGCUACUGGGGUCAAGGUGAAUAUGAGUGACAUCAUAUGAUGGUGAAAGUUCCUCCACUUGCCUUUAUUAUUGUACAUGAACAUACAUUCCACAUGUAUGUAUAUAGAGACUAUUGUAAAUACUGUAUGCUUUGAGAACUUUGUAACUGAGUGGAUGUUCAUGGUUUGAUGUGACCUCUUCAAUUAUCUUGAAGCCCUGAGCCCAUGUCUGUCUCUAUGUGUCACGUGAUCCCCUCAUAUGUUUUAUCAGAGAGGCCACUACAGGUGUGCAUGCAUGUCCAGUCGUCUGCAGUCGGAAAACGUUUUUAAUCAGAUCGUUUUGUUUUAAUAAUGAUGUCGAAGAGCUCUGGGUGAAGAUGGACUGCAACCUGGAUUUGACUUCAGAUGAUUUGAUAAAGGCCACCACAACUGUUCAUCUUUUGCUACUAAUAAACCUCCGCUGAGUGCAGUCCAA